AUGCUAUCUUUUUUUCGGUGUGGUUUAUCGAUGAGUCGUCACUAUUACGCUGAAGGUGAACAAUCUUCAAUCGUCGGAACAUUUGUAGCCAUAGCUGGUCUCCCAUGGGCAUUGCAAUUUGUAUGGGGUCCAUUAAUUGAUCGCUUUCAAGUGUCGAAAAUGGGCCGUCGUCGACCAUGGGUUAUUGUUUCACAAAUAUUUGCCUUCAUAGCAUCGUUGGGUCUUCUACUCGUUAAAAAUCCUCCAACACAAUCUAUCAAAACGUUGAUGACCGCGUUCUUUGUUCAUUCGAUAUUUGCUUCUGUUCAAGAUGCUUCAGUUGAUGCGCAAGCUAUAUCAACAAUACCACAAAGAGAACGGGGACGGAUUAACGGUGUAAUGAGGGGUGGAUUUCUUUUAGGAUCUGCGUUAGGAGCGGCUGGUUUAUCUUUUAUUCUACGUAAACAGGGAUUUUUCUUUGCUGCUGUGAUAAAUUCGUUAUUUUUAUUUGUGUUCACGGUUAUCACAUUCUUUAUUAAAGAGAAAAGUGAUGAUUCUCUAUUUCCUUGGACUCAUAAUCGCCAAAAGAAUCGGCGUCAACAUAUUCUUGAUCAUUCGAUAUUAUGGUUAUUCAAAGAAUUGUUUUCCGGUCUGUUAUCGAUCGAAAGUCUUCGAUUAUUUAUUCCAAUUGUCAUAUGUUAUUCAUCACAGAGUGCAUUCAUUCGUGCUUACAAUAUUCAUUUGAUUAAAGAGUUAAAAUGGACUGAUACUGAUGUAUCAGUGAUGAGUGGUGCUUGGGGCACGUUGAGUGUGGUGUUUAUUGUGCUAAUUGGUGGUUGGUUAGCUGAUCGUACGGGAGCCCGUCGUUUAUUAAUUAUUGUCAUGAGUAUCCAUUCAUUGUAUAUGUGGAUAAUAAAUCUCGUUUCAUCAUAUUGGAUUCGACGAUCAGCGGCCACUGCUGGUCUUAUUCUCUGGAGUCUGAUGGAUCCAAUAUUGAGUACAGCCGCUAUGCCUAUACUUAUGUCACUGUGUCGAUCCCAUGUUGAGGGAGGUCAAUUUACAACAUACAUGUCUUUGAUAAAUUUGUGUGAUCUCUUGGGAGCAUUUAUAAGCGGGCAUAUUCAGCGUCACUUCAAGGCACCCGUCAUCGGUUUGGGAUGUGCUGUGUUGAUUACUAUAGCACUCAUAACAGUCAUAAUUGGCAUUUGGAAAGACAAAAAGAAUAAAUCACGUCAAGUACCAAUGACAUCUGCAUUUACAUGUUCCGGGACCUCCACGGGACAGCAGAUAAAAAUAACAUAA